AUGCUGAGAAUCGGAAUAGCCCUGGACGGCCGUCUCCAGCUCCUCCUCAGUCUCGGUCGGGAAGCGUUGGUCGCGAGCCCAGCCGGCGAACACUUCCCGGCCGGCCUGGCGCAAGGCCCGAGCCCUCGGCCUGGCGCCCUCGCCUGCAGGAAGCUCAGGCUCUGCGUCGGCUCUGGUGUCGCUGCCCAGCGGCUCCGUGCAGACGUCCGCGCAGCAGCCGCCCGCGCGCUGCUCAGCCGGGUGCGUCUCGACGGUGCUAGGGGCGGCGUCGCCUCGGCCGAGGCCUGUGGCUGGGGGGCGCCGGCGCGCGCCAGCGUCGCCGCGGGCUUCGUCGCCGCCCCCCGCGCCAGCAUUUGCUCCUCGCGGGCCGCCGUGCUCGGGCCCGCGACCGAUGCCUCGCCGAGAGGGGGCCUGUUGAGGUGA